GAAUUCAUAACAUUUAUCGUUUCUAUACGGUAGUUAAUGAGGUUGAGAGAGUAUAACAUACGUUUAUAAAGUGUGAUAGAUUAAUGAUCGGCGUUCCGUGUAAUUGUAUUGUUGCGUAAUUCUAGUAGAGUGUAACAUUGACCUUAGGGUGGAAGGAUAAGGUCCAGGUGUUUGGCUUCGAAAAACAGCAGGACCACCAGAUGUCCGCCCACGCCAGUCAGUUGGCCGCCAUCUCUGAAUGGACUGCAAGAAAUACUUCUCUUUACAUUUCGUUUGAUGCCAUUGUGUGGUUUUUGGCUAACUCCAGAAUGCACUUUGGUGUAAGAAAUACUGCGACUAAGUUCUCAAAAUAGUCCCAUUCUCAAUAAGGGUUGUAACUGUACUUAGGGUCUAACAAAAUUAGAUCUCUGGAUUAUUUUGUGCCCCUUUUUCUGCCAAACUGUAAUUAAGUUAGCUUCUGGGGUGUUUUUCUAACCGCUCUGUACAGUUGUAAUUAUGGAAAUGGUUUCUGUAUAAUGAGGAUAUUGUAAAUUUUAAUUACAAUACUUAAACGUAAUUAAAUGACAGUAUAAAAUAAUAAAAAUUGUAGAAUUUAGCAACAGUCCUCCCUUGGUUUAUUUUUUAUUUAAAUUUUUUGUUUAUUUUGGAGUAACUUUUCACUUUUAUAAGUACUAGAAUUAAUUUUCAGAGCGAGUCAGUAAUGGGAAACGGUGCGUCUGUAUGUCUAAACGGCGUGUUCUGUAUAAUUUAGAAUUUUUUGGUUAAAGUGCAAGGAAAAAUAUGAUUAAUGAUUUCCAUUUAUUAUAUUUGUAGACUUGUGACCUGAUUGACUUUCUCCUUAUCACCCCUACCAGCAAUGGUUGAAACCGUAGGCAAGUUGGGGGAGUUAUCCUUUCCUGACCAUUCCUACUAUCGAUCCCCUGACUAUGGGGGCUGAGCGGCUUAGCCCUGUUUCUAAAAAUACUCUCCCAUCCCUACCCGUUUCCCCUUGUGUCGUGUUACUUACAGUUUGGGAUCUUCUGAAGUCAUACAUAAGGUGCCGUUGUCAAGUGCUAAAGAUUCGAUAAUACGAGCCAAAGUAAUCUCGAAAAAUUGUUUUCAACUCUUUACUUAUACUCCAAACUUAUAAAUAAUUCAGAAUAAGAUCAGUUUUUCUAUCUACGUGACGCUAUUAUUAGCUGAUACACGGGAUAGUGUUUAAUAUGAUUAUACCAGAUGAUAAUUUGAUUAAGCUAGGCUCUUAAUAAUGAUAAAUCCAAUUAUCUUCAUCGAGUUUUGGGAGUAGUUUUGGAAAUAUUAAGGUUUAAUUUUUUAAAAAAGACAAAAAAAAAAAAGUAAUGAGGAUAAUGCCUGGGACAUGGUAGAUUUCAUUGACAGCUGUUUCGACUUCAGUACGCAAUACUCCAUAAAACAGUAGAGUUUCAACUUCAUUACUGUUCUAUAUUUGCCACAUACUUCAAGGGAAGGGAGACUGCCAAGCUACCAACCAAUCAGUGAUCGUGUAAGCGAUGUCGUCCGCCAGUGCAUUCCUCCAGCAAAUCCCUUUCGGGUGUGGUGUUCCUGUGCGGACGUCUCUUACGAGUUUCUCGCUCUACCUAAGCUGUAGGGGGAGGACAGGGCGGGAGGGUGAGUGGCCUUGUAAAGAAACGGGUCUGAAAUAACCAGUUUAAUAAUCUGGUGAUGAAAAUAAUUGGAAAUUUUGUAAAAGUAAACAAUGCUUUUCAUUGUAUUCGAAAUGAUGCAGACGAGCUUUGAUAUUGAUUGGUGAAAAUGGCGGAUGCUUCUGGAGCGAAAGUGUUGCUAAAGGUGUAAGUCUUCGCUCCUCCCCGCAUCUGAACUCCCCCAUUAAGAAGAAAAUCGAAUUUAUUUAAAAAGUUAACAGAAGUUUCCGAAUUACCAUUGCGCGUGGAGGAAGUCCUUCUUCACGUGGCUUGAAAUUUUUCGGGAUUUAAGUGAAAUCCUUUAAAAAAUGUAAAAAAAGUCAUUGGCACACUGACCCAUAGCGGUCGAUGACCCUAGGGCAUUGGAGAUGGAGUUGGCCCGGGGGCGUUAAGGGGAGGUCACAUGACAUGCGUGGGCUCGCUGUGAACCCUUUGUUGUGGCAAAGACCGGUGAGUGGAGAUACUGAGUGGACCUUGGUCAGUAGAGACGGAUUCGUUCACCAAGAAUGAUGGAAAACUUAAAAUUAUGUCAACUGUCAAGAAUCAACGUUACAUGAUUUGCAAUAUUUAAAGAAUGGAAGAACAACAAUUAGCCAAUCCACCUUGUAAUGGAACGGAGGCACUAAAUUUAUCACCCGAAACAUCAACUCCAAAUAAAUAUUCUCCAUAUUCUUCCCCAGAAGGAACGAGUUCGACAUUCGUAUGGGCCACAUCAACGACGUCGAAUGCCGUCAUUAAUGGUCACGAUAGUUUACACAGCAACUCUCCAUCACUAGAAGAUGACAUUCAAAGAUGGCAAGAUAUUCAUACUACACCCGACGGCGAAGUCACUUACAAAUGCGAGGAAUGUGGCUUUCAAAGCGCUUCUAAAUUCCACUAUAAUUCUCAUUUAAAUACUCAUGCAGAACAUAAAUGUUCGUUUUGUGAUUACACUUCGCGAACCGAAGGUAGAUUGAAAAGACACGUUAGAGAAUUUCAUGUUGGUCUGGAUUCGUCGAAGUGUAGUGAAAAAGAAUCGGAAGACGGAGAUUCUGGCCUAGCUUCUUCGAAUUCUAGCAAAAAAGCUAGAAACUAUCGUUGCAAACAGUGUGAUUUCGUCGCUGUUAGUAAAGCAGAUUUCUGGCAACAUAAUCGAACGCACAUAAAAGAAGAGAAACUCUUGACUUGCCCUAAUUGUCCUUUCGUCACUGAAUAUAAACAUCACUUAGAGUACCAUCUACGUAAUCACGCAGGAUCCAAACCUUUCAAAUGUAACAAAUGCAACUAUACUUGUGUCAACAAAUCAAUGCUCAAUAGUCACAUGAAAUCGCAUUCCAAUAUUUAUCAAUAUCACUGUGCUAGUUGCAGUUAUGCAACUAAGUAUUGUCAUAGUUUAAAACUUCAUUUGAGAAAGUACAAACAUACGACUGCAAAUGUUUUGAACCCGGAUGGUACUCCUGCAGAAUCUACAGUAGAUGUAUACGGUAAUCGAAGAGGAACUAAAAAGAAGAAAAAAUCUGGUUCGAAUCAAGAAGAAAAUGGCAACGGAGAAAUUAUUUCUCAAUCGAAUUCGAAUUCGCAUACUGAAUUACUCGUUCCUUCAGUGGGAUAUUAUUCUUUCCCAACGAUUCCUUCGUCUCAGGUAUGUUUACCGUUUACCAAUAACAUGAAUGGUUUAGCCAAUUCACAUUGUUUAAAUCGAACCGGUGUGGAUUCCUCUCAAACGACUGAAGUUGAACGUUUUCUUAAACCAACCAUUUCAAUUCAGCCGUAUAAGUGCAAUCUUUGCGAAUUCUCUUCGGAUUACAAAGAUGCUUUCAACAGACACAUGGUAUUUCAUGCUACAAGAGAAAACGAGGAUCUGUGCAGAAUUUAUGGUAUCAAUCCCGAAACCCUCUUUCUGUACGAAUCAAAUCAUCCCCUUUACUCUCUUUAUACGAAAAAUGGUUAUCUGUCUGCACCUGCAGAUAGAGAAAAGUUAAAUACGGACUAUUCAACUCCAAACGGAACCAGACCUAAUUCUCCAGAAGAAUAUAAACUUUCAUUCAACUCGCUACCUUCUCCUAAAGAUUUCGUUUCAGAAGAAGAAAAGACAGUACCUACGACUACUGAAAAUAUUGAAAAUUCUGAAAAUCACACAAACGGAAAUGUCGAUUCUUCAUUACCUUUAGAUCUCAGCAAUUGUAAAACCAGUCCAAAGAAUAAUAAAGCCGAUUCAUCUCAAGAAUUUUCUCGCAAUCGCCGUAAAGGAAAGGCGUUCAAAAUAGAGAGGAUUUACAUGAAAAUUGAUCACGAAGACAACAAAGACGAUCACGAAGAAGAGAAUUUAAAUAUGAGCAAUUUGCAAACGCACAAAACUAAUGGACAAUAUACGAGAUCUAACGAAGAGAAACAAAAUUCUGGUCCCGACAAAAAUGACGGAAAACUUAACAGUUACUUCAAUUGCAUACAUUGUGAUUUACUUUUCAAAGAUUGUGCCAUGUAUUCCAUACAUAUGGGAUAUCACGAUUAUAAUCAUCCAUUCAAAUGUAACGUCUGCGGUAUUCGCUUCAAUGAUAAGUUAUCAUUUUUCAUUCAUAUCGCACGAGUGGCACACGAUUGACUGGAAAUGGUGACUAAGAAAAAAAGGAGUGUGCAUUACAUCUGUGAUCUUUCUUUCUUCCAUAUGUAAUUCUCAGACGUCAGUACUAGGUUAGUAUAUAUACUACGGGCCGUAUAUUUUUCUAAGAAGUGCCCAGCCCGUAGUAUUCUUAAAAUGGCUGCAAUGUUUUAAAAAGAAACCUAGUCAAGUGACUAAUUUGUGCUGUAAUCAAAAGUUAGAAUUACGGUGGCAGAGCUCCGAGAAUUGUUUUGCAUAGCCGAGCGAAAGCCGUCCGUAAUCUUGGUUAAUUUUUGUGCAUUUGUGUCCAUGUUGAACUCUAUUUAUGUUUCGGUAGUUUCUUCCGAAAAAUGAGGACAGUGUCGCCAGGAUGGCGGGUCUUCUGGACUUUUAACAAGGAAGAAGAAUAACAUCCUAGUCUUUUUAGAUAUCCCCCCAGUUGUAGUUUAUUUUAUUUUUUUUUUUAAAGUAGGAUAACUAAUAUUACCAUAGACGAGCAAUAUACAUAAGAUAUUUCAUUCCAGCCAUUUUUUCGUAGACAUAUAUUUUGCAAUCAAACGGACGCUACCAAAUUCCAUGAGUAAAGCGGGAUUAUAGCUCAGGGAGAGUUNUUUU